AUGGGUUCAUUUUGGCUGGAGAAGAAGGUCGUGGAGAAUGUCAGUUUAUGGGUGACCCGUUGCUCGGUCCUCUUGAGCUUCGGGGCGCAUCUUGUCCUCGCGCUCCUCGCCGGUAUCCGACGGCGUGAAGACAACCGCGUGCAGAGGUUUCCGCUGUGGCUGGCGUAUCAGGUGGCUGACCUGGCCCCGAAAUUGGCCAUCGGCAAGCUGUACCCUGACAGCCCGUCAAGCAGCAAUCAGCUGUUCGCGUUCUGGGUGCCCUUCAUGCUGCUGCACCUCGGUCUCACCGACAACAUCAGCGCCUACUCCCUAGAGGACAACAAGCUGUCGUGGCGCCAAAUGGUGGAGAUGGGCCUGCUACUCGUUGUAGCGUUGAUUGGCGCAUACAACCAAAGAUUCCUGAGCGGCGACAGGGGUUUGUGCUCGGCGUUCGUCAUGAUGUUCUUCCUGGGUUUCUAUAAGUAUGCGGAGAGGAUAUGGGCACUACACCUAGCUGGCUUCGCCCGCAUCCGCAGCUCAUACAAGAAGAAGAUGACAAGGCGCUUCAGUCCUCAUCAGGUCGACCCCGCCGAGCUGGAGCUUAGUCUUCAUCGGAUCGAGAGCGACGAGCUGGAUUAUUAUGACGCCCUGUGUGACGCUCACGGCCUGCUCGGUGUCUCCACGGGCGCCUUUGCAGAUUAUUCAGUCAAGCUCCGUGAGAAGCCACGAGACGAUGCUUUCACGACACCGUAUACCUACAGGAAGGAUGUUGUGAAGGUGGUGGAGAUGGAGCUCUCGCUCAUGUAUGACAUCAUGUACACCAAGGCAGCAGUUGUCCACACUUGGCCUGGCUACAUCGUCCGUCUCGCCUCGCCGCCCAUCACUCUCGCCGCCCUCUUGCUGUUUAUCAUCUUCCACAUCAAAGAGGGCCACAAGCACAAGGGGAUAGAUAUCAAGAUCACUUACACCCUGCUGAUUGGCACCUUGCUGCUGGAUGUGAGAUGGCUGAUCAGAGCUCUGGGCUCGACCUGGACAUACGCAUUCUUGAAAGAUACAAAAUGCGAGCUGCUCAAGUACAAAGCAGUUUGCUGCCAGAGAGGGUGGUGGUAUGUGCUCCGUCGCUUCCUUCUCUAUCUGGAUCUGUCCCGUUGUCUGUGGGGUCGAAAGGAAACCAGCCACAGGCUUUGGUCGCGCACCAUCGGGCAGCACAACUUGUUGCACGAGUGCACUGAUGGCACACCGAUGAGCAAAAUUGGAUGA